AUGUUUGACAAUGUGUCAUUAUAAAGGAGUGAAAUUUUGAGUGCCUUCUUUUAGGGGCUUAGGCUUACUUAAAAGCAGAUGAUUUAGACUAUAUUAACUUUUUGGUUUGUAAUUGAGGUAUUAAUCAUAACAAUAAUAGAUGUCAGAGACAAAAAAGAAUAAUUAUGGUAUAAGAUUUACAGAGAGGAAUCAAUUAAAGCUCCCAAAUUUAAGGCUCUCAAAAUAAGAGAUGUUUUCACCAUCUGAUAUGAAGGAACUAUAUAUUUAAACAUUUAAAGGUAGAUUAAUUGACCAACUUAGAAAAAAUUUUGGAUAACUAACAAUAUUAAUUGAAGAGUAAAGAUGUUGA